AUGCUCCGCAAGGGCAACUACGCUGGACGUAUCGGUGGUGGAGCUCCUGUCUACCUGGCUGCUGUUCUCGAAUACCUCGCCGCUGAGGUGCUCGAGUUGGCUGGUAACGCUGCUCGUGACAACAAGAAGACCAGAAUCAACCCUCGCCAUCUCCAGCUCGCUGUCCGCAACGACGAAGAGCUCAACAAGCUCUCUCUG